UUCGUAGAGUGCGGGCGUAGCGAACAGCUACGCUUCGGUACAUAUCGUUACGAAAUGCUACGGGUGUUAUUAUAAGUGAACAAAAUGAUUUGUGCGUGCAUUUUCGCGUUACUGUUUGGAACUGUUAUUGGGAACCCGGCUAAAAUUGAUUCAAAACGUGAUCAUUGCAACAAGACUGUGGAAAUCUAUGAAGAUGUGUCGUCACCUCCGGUCACGCCGGAAAACUUCGGACGUCCACUCACGUGUACAUAUAGGUUUCGAGCAUUUCGAGGGUCACCAAAAGACUGGAUUCUACGAAUACGUUUCAAGAAGUUCAAAGUCGGCACUUUAAUUAAUGGGACUACAUGCCAUAAGGGAUAUAUGCAGAUAGUUGACGGCAAUGCAAAGACAGACGUCUCAAACCGCAAGGAGCCGGGUCUCUUCUGUGGCGAGAUAGAACAACCGCAAACUUUCAUAUCGGAGACAAACUUCGUCAAAAUUGUCUUCCAUGCGGAUAACUUUACAGAUCAGACUUACUUUAGCUUUGAUUCUAGGGCGGAGCAGCAAUUUGAAGUAUAUCUGAGAUAUGGACAACAUCCGGAGUUAUAUCCUAACCGUAGAGGGGAAGUUGUUGCUGGAUCAUACUGUGAGCGGGUCUUCAGGGACUGUCGACUUCAGACGUGCUACGUGCAGUCAGCCGCCUACCCAGGGGUAUAUCCUAGGAAUCUGCACUGCAGAUACCACUUAAACACGCGACUUCCAUAUAUAAAGUUGUACAUAGAGAAUGAGGAGUUCAACAUAGAUGGUCAGAGAUGCGAGAAUAUAAUGACCUGUCCCAUGAGGCCUAUAACCUCCGGUUCGGAAAACUGUCCAUAUGAUUACAUAAGGAUUUAUGACGGAAAAGACGAGUCGGCUUCUGUGAUUGGUACUUUCUGCGGUAUGGGCAAGUUCCCAUACUCCAUAAUUGGGACAUCACAAGACCUAUUUGUGGAGUUCGUUAGUUCACCAGCAGGUCCCUUAUUGAACACUGGCUUCCAUUUCAACGUGGGGAACUGGCCAGGUCACGUGGAAGCCCCAGGAUCGAAGAUCGGAAACUGUGACUGGCUCCUCACAGCGGAGUCCCUGAAGAGAUCUGGCGACACUGAAGGGAUCUUUCUCUCCGUGGCCCACUGGUAUCCUCCUCACACGUCCUGCACAUAUCUGAUGCAAGGUUUCCCCGGACAAGUAGUUAGGCUCUAUUUCCCAAGCUUUCGGAUUAAUCGCAUAGAAUCGCCAAUAGUUCCAUGGACGGGUGACUGUGGUGAGUCUCUCACUCUGUAUGAUGCAGCACGUCCUGAUGAUGCGAAGAUUAUCAAGACCUUCUGCGACACCUUUAGCAGGCCAAUGGAGAAGCAUGACUUUGUAUCUACUGGAAAUGCUAUGUUUGUCAGAUUUGAAAGCAAGACUGGUAGUUACAGUGGGUCGUCCCUCUACUACUGGGCUCACUACGAUUUUUUCAACAACACACGCUUCGGUGAGCCAGUAAGCGGAACUGCGUGUGAUGAAGUAAUUGCCUCCUGGAAGCAACGAGCUGGCAGACUCCGUUCACCACUCAACACAUUAGUAUACAAACAGGCUCCACCGGGAGAAGACGUCCAUUGUUUGUAUAGAUUUGUCACAGACAAGAGAAUCUAUGCGAGAGUUAUUGUAACUAUAUUGAGCGUGAAUUUUAAGGAACAUCCUUACACACCCGUUUCGUGUCAGAAUUGCUACGAAGACAGAGCUGACAAGUUAAUCAUCUGGGAACCAUUCCCCACUGGCAGGGCUGCCAACCUUUCACUCGGAAUGACGACAACACCCCUUCCCCUACACUUGGCUGUCCAACGCUCCAUCGGCUCCUGUUUAUGCGCGAAACACGCAAACACUGUAACCCGUUCCAGGCCGUAUAGGGUUGUGUCAUCUGGAGAAUCGCUCAAUUUACAAUUGAUCGUUGACAACGCGCAUGCUGCCGCUUCCUAUUUUAAAAAUCCUUCCCCACUCUUCGAAGCCAGAUAUGAGUUUGUUCACGGACCCCUCUGUGGACCAGCGGUGUUAGCCGCUGCCUCAGAUGGCGAAAUCGUGUACCCACAUCUAGAAGCAUUGGGCUAUACGGAACCACCAAAGAGGAUCCAAUGUAUUUGGGAUCUUGAAAUAGAAGAGAAAAGGGAUAUUUGGUUACAUUUCGAUAGCAUCAAAUUUGCGUCGAGACACUGUGAUGAUGGAAACAUACAGAUAUAUCUACCUGGAAGGAUAGAACCCUACCUAUCGGUUUGUGGAGAAAAUGUUUCGUUAGCUCGCGAACUACCCAUACUUUCGGCUGGUGAACUUGGUUUCGAAUCUUUAGACGAUCCCCUGGUUAUGGAAAAAGAGAAGACAAGGUCUAUCCGAAUCGUAUUUAUUGGAAGUGCAUCACCAGCACGUGCAGCUUUCAAAAUUGCUUGGACUGGUUUGUACCAUUUACCCAAAAACUCCGAUGGGACACUAAUGACGUCACGUCUGACUGAUAGCGGCUCAUAUUCAUCUGACGGACACAAUUGUGAUUUCAUAUGUCCCGGAGAAGAAGCACUGUGUAUUCCUGCCAGUUUAAUAUGUAAUGGAGUCGUGAAUUGCCCAAAUGUAACCAGUGGUGAGAGAAGGUAUUGGACGGCUGAAGAAAAACGCGCGAGGGAAGCUUAUUCAGAAGAUAGCUUGCGCAGACUUGGGUAUUUGGAUGCAUUGACUGGAGAAUUGGGGAAGCUACAUGAUGAAGCUCCAGAACUAUGUACAGGAGCGCAUAUGGCUGGGAGCGGAGAUUGGAUGGCACCUGCAUUAGGAGCGGCACUAGCAAUCGCGAUUAGCGUUUGUGCUCUUGGCGCUGCUUGGCGACUCUGUUGCCGCAAGCGCUCCCCAGACGAGGAGUCCUUGGAUUACUGACAUGCGGCUCGCGGUGCCCACGCACCGCCGACGCUACAUUCUCGUUCAGCAUCCAGGGACCUACCCUUAGACUGGAGCUUACAUUGACAGACGCUAUAUUGAGUGCCGAAAUCUCUUGUUGAUUAUUAAUAUAUCGUAAACACAAACUGUUGGUCUGUCUAUGUAAUUUUAAAUUUAUUGCUUUAUUUUGUCAGUAAAUGAUCUUGCAAAUACUUAUUUAAUACGCACAUUGUGACAUUCUCUAUUAUAACGUAAAUAGAGGUUUUCUAUAUUUAUGUACUAUGUAAUAGACUAUGGCACUCAAAACAUGUAAUUAGUGUAUAUACCUUCUAGAUAUCCUGAUAUUGAACGCUUUGAACAUCAUCAGAUGUGCGCACUUGAGUGCUUUCACUGGCCUUUUGUAAGAGCUUUUCAUAUUUUUACUUUGAUGAUCAAUCAAAAAGCUUACUAAGUGAACUCCUGGCUUGUUGGCCAGGCACUUUGCUCUUGAAGGCACUCUAGUGCUCGCAAACUUAUAGGUAAGUUAAAAGUGAUAGUAGUUAGUGACGUGCUUGUUUAAGUAAGGAUCUUACUGAGGUAUAAUUUUGUCUCUGAGAAAACAAAUCUGCGCUCAAUUCAAGGACCGGUCUGGUCGCUGAUGACUGAUUGUGAAUUCCAUACAUCAAAAUAUUAAACUCGUUCUGAAUGAGGUAAUUAUUAAACAAAAAUUCAUAUUUGAAUGUGAAUUUAGAUAAGUUCAGUAACAUCAAAUGAUUUUGAAAGUGUAACACAAUAAUUUCUAUAUCAUUUUGUAAUAUGUAGUUUCAGUGGAUUCAACAAUAGUUUUGUUUCUAACUACGGUCUUCACUGUUAUUAUGUAAAUAUUCAUAAUAUUAAGGUGUAGUUAAGAUGUAAUAAGCAUGUAUUAAGGCAUAUUGUUAAAUACGUUGCACAAAUUAGCGAUUAGUUGUAUAGCCCAGGUAAUUGGUACAUGUAUGUAUUAAGAAUGAGAACACAAUGGUAAUGUAAUAUAAUUUAUCUCGUACGUUGAUUAUCAAUUUAUGAUAGCUCUGACUAAAAAUGUUUGAGUCAUCUUUCUGAAAUUGUCAUCCUUUUUCAUCAAAUUGAAACCUAAAUUAGCAAACCUAUAGUUAUAUUCCAUGUUGUUUUGACCACCAAUAUUGCGAAUUUUAGAUGGUAUUUGUUUAAAUAAUUGCAUACCGUCAUACCUAAUAGAUUUUUUCAAAUAAUUUGUACGCGGCUUCGGCAAGAUAAGCAAACUCGCUCGACGAGUAUUGCGUGUACCCUCAAAAAGCGCUAUGUUGUGGGACGCCUGGCAAGAGGUGGAAAGGAUGGAAUAUGACUUACUAAACCAGCCUAAAUCGUAAGCCGUUUGUUACAUAGAUAUCAUUUCACGUUUCAAAUAUAAUUGCGACUAAUGCCAAUCAAAUAAAUUUUUGACUUUAUUUCUUGAUUACAAUAAAAUUUAAAUACCACGGAAAUCUGUUUAAAAUAUUACUGUGUUAAACAAAUUUAAUGUGUUUUUGGGACAUUUACAUGGCUUUGAAAUCCCCUAAUCUCAACAAUAACGAUGUAUAGACAAAUGUAAAUUUAUAAGAGGAUUAUUAUCAGCUUGAAACAAAGAAUUGUAAUGGAUCUAUCGAGAGUCUUAACAGUUUAAGCGUAUCCAUCUCGUCAUGUUUUAUUCAACAUCAGCUCUCGAAUUAAGUUUAUUGUUCCACCCGAAGUAGAUCAAAGUUAUUUCUUUUAUUUUUCAUUUCGUUAGGAAAAACUUCGGAAAAAUUCAUCCACUUAUUACGGAAUUCAAUAACUUUGCAAUUUCAGUAAUCUUGGCGUAUUUCAGUUUUAUUUGAAUAUUUUCGCAUGUUUUGUUUAGUAAUUUUUCGAAUAUUGGUACGUUAGCAUUUAAUAUAUGGUAUCUCUGCCAAUAAAACGUUCCUUUUUAUACAAAUCUCCUGAUAUAUACGUAAUUUCUAAUAAAUACUCCAAAAUUUCAAGCAUAGUCAAUGUAUGGGUAAUGCGUAAAAAAAAAGAAAUAAUAAUAAUAAAAUAAUAUGUUGACAUAAUCACCAGAUAAGAAGCUCCCUGUUAUAUGUUUUUAUGUAUUACUAACCUAGCCUACAUAAGCUAAUAAAAUGUGUACUAUAAUAAACACUUGAGUUUUUUAAAACUAUUAUCACAGAGUUCUCUUUGUAAUAUUGAUUCCACUGUGCCUGGGCGAAAAGGUAAGACAGGCAAGUGAGGAGCCAUAAAUUUUAUUUCAAGAAACCUUUGUCAUUUUAUGUAGGUACAAUAUUUUGUAUAAUGAAACUGGAAUUCCUAAUUUUUUUAUGCUUGUUACAUUUUUGAUUACCUGUGAACAUUUAGAGAAAUUGUUGUGCGAAAACUUGUGUUAUUAUCAAAUAAAAUGUUGAGAAAAAUAUAUUUUGUACAAAAUUG